AAAAUUGCGGCGAUAAUUAGUUUUAAUUAGAAUUAUAUUAAAAGUCAAACUAGCACGUUUUUCACGCGAGUCUUACUGGAAUUAACGAAGGAAUACUAGUUUAUAGGAUUCUGCAUUUCUUGUAUUACUUCUGCGACUAGCAUAUAUAGCUCGUGCUUCGAUUUAAUUUGGAAAACAAAUGCAGGUUGUUUGACCAGUGAUCAGAUGACCAAGGUCACUGUUAAACCGUGCUUCUUUUAUCAUUAGAGUUUUUGUGUGAUAAAUGGAUUAUUGGAUCAAUACUGUUGUUAUCAAUAUUUUAGCAGUUAUUUGACAAUCCGAUCAACCCAAAUAUACAUUAGAAAUCAGCGGAUUUAUUUCAAGUGGCACUUUGAUGUUUCGUGUAACAUGUAGAAAGGUAGCCGGGAAGUCAGUCAGCACUUCUUUGGGCGUACUUAGAGAAUUAAUGAAAGGGAUGGAAGCGGUUGUCGAUAAAAAGAAAACAUUGAAGAUAGUAGAUACGGAUGGAUGGAAUUAUUUAUGAAACAUAUCAUGGAUCGUGAACAUUUUGUGUAGAUGCGAUAAAAUGUGACUUUAAAAUUCCGUUUGCGGAGUAACUUUGUGAUGAUUUAACUGUGACCUCAAAAUAUUGAAAAGUGGAGAUUUUCCGCAAAACGUUCUUCUUUUUCCGUAGUGCUAGUAGUGUUUUAUGUUUCCUUAAUUUAGAUUUAGUUGUAGCAUUUUUAUUUCUUGUUCAAGAUGAGUGCUGUUUUGUUAAUGACAGACACAUGGCAACCGACUGUUUUAAGGUUGGUACCUUUCUCUAGCAAUAACGCUCGCUGUCCUGAUAAGAAAGCACAUUCUAAAGGAACAAUGAGUGCUCGUAAUUUUCCGGUUUUAGCAGUUACUCGGAGUUCUGCAAACUCUGACACCCGAUCUGACGCAAAGUCAGUGAAUUCACAUCGGUCUGAGUUAGCAGACGACAUUUCUGUGUUUUCUGAUGCUAACAUUUCGGAACUAACAACAAACACUAGUUACACAGACCAAACUACAACAAAUAAACAGCGAAAAAAGUACGCCAAGAAAAAAGUUCCUGAAGUACAUUCAGAAAUGAAAGAAGCCAUAAAAUUUAGUGUUCAGGAUUUAAACGACCAGGUAUCCUCAUCGUCAUCUCUGAAUUCUUCGGAAAACAAAGGUGAAACCAAAGAUAAAAACAACAAACUCGAUAACACCCGAACUAAGCUUCCAAAGCCGAGUAUAUGUGGUUCGCCGGAUAUUAGGUUUUGUUCGCCAAUAAAUGGCGUUCGGCGGUCUGUGCCACUCACUCCCGGUGAACUGGAGCUACAGCGAAUAAAAGAUAGUUACUACGUUGAACAAGUUCAGAAACGUAAAAGGUAUAAACUUAAUAUUAAUCAGUUACCUAGAAGCACUACGCCAAUUAAUGAUCACGAUCCAGAUAGACUUAAUAUGAAGCAUGUAAUUGCAUUUCUUCAAACGAAAACUUCAAAAGACAUACAGAAAAAAGGGAUGAGUGAGAAGAAAUGCCAAUCUGGUACCGUGAAUGUGAGAAAUCAAAGCCGCGAUAGAACGAGAGACAGCUUGUCUGUUUCACCUAAACGCUCAGUAGAAAUGGAUAACACAAAAGUCCUCCCGCGAUCAAAUACAGAAAACAAACUUGAAGAAAAAUCUGACCCUGAUAAUACAAGGGUUAAUACAGGUUGUGUGUCAGUCAUGUCUACAAAGAGCACACCAAAUAUGUCUUAUGGGACGAAAUCUUCUAGAGACUCUAAAGUAACAUCUACACAUAGUGUGAAAUCUUAUAAAGAACGCUCAAAAGAUCGGAAAAAUUCGAAACAAAAACCUAUGAAAGAGUUUAAAUUGUACAGAUUUCUUGCGGUAGCACCUGACGGUCGUUCAGAAGGCCUCACGACGUCUUUUUCAGAUGCUAUGCCAGUGGUUGCGCAAACUGUUUUAAGAACUGAGCCGAAAGCUCCAGAAUCGCCACGGAAAAUGUUGCACAGGCGGAGCAAUAGAGAAAUAGGCACCGCACAUGUUCUUCACAGACACGCAUCAAGCAGGUCAACAGUUACUCCGCCAAAAAUCGAAACAAAAGAAAGUGCGGAAGAACAAAAUAAAACCAUAAGACUUCCACUUAUGCAGGACGGAGAUACUGAAGCUGCAGAUAUAGAAUCAGAUUCUGGCUCAACAACUUCCGCGACAUGUAACUCAGUACAAAAUAGUUCUAUAAAAGAGGAUCGAAGUAAAUACCCAAAGAAAGGGAAAUCAAUAACGUUUAAUAAUAAGGUUGAUGUAAACGUUACUGAGCAAAACAGUGAAAAUGAUACCCGUAACGGAUAUUCUGAAUUUGAAAUCCAGAAUUUUAAACCGCCGGGACUUCCACGUAUGGAUAUUAAGGGACCAAAGUACAUACAUGUAAGUCUUCCUCAAGAAGAUAAAAAGAACUACUCUCAGGAAAUAGUCCGGCUUACAUUAAGGCAUGAGAAAAAUGCAACACGUGUAACUAGUUAUAUGAGUGAUAUUCAGCAAAGUCCUCCUCCACACUGGCAUGAACAUUACACCAGUGAGAAUAAAGAGGAUAUGUCACGUGGUAACAUGACGUCAUUAAAGUAUAUGAACUAUCACGAAGGGAAACAGUGGUUUGACAAUUCGAAACAUCUUAUUAAUAACAUCUCAAACAACAAUUUCAUCAAAGUAAGAGAGAAACUAAGGGCGACAAAUCAGUACAAUACAUAAUGAACACUUGCCUCAAAUUACUUUUCGUGUCUGUUUAUACGGGGCUUCGAAUAGCGAAAUUUCUAAACAAAAUGCUCAGUCUUUUAGUAAACAUAGUUGCAUUAUAUAAAUUAUGGACAGACACCCAAAAAUUCCUUCGUGAAGAGAAAACAAUUUGAAACAGUAUGCUUGCAAUGUUACCAUAUAGAGGAACUGCAAUUGCAGAAUAAUGUAGGCUAUAGCAUGAAUGGAUCGCAGUUUUGCAUGUCUCAUCAAAUUUGAAAUUUUGACAUGGGAUCUUUGUCUUCUGGGUGCUAAAUAUUAAAUACGUACACACAUUUAUUAUCUAAAUCGAUUUAAGUUCUAAACGUUUGUAAAUGAUCUUUUAAAGGAAUAUGCAGUCAUUUUGCUGAAAGAAAGAAAUGACGUUGAUCAAACAUUUUUUUUGAAAGUUUGAAAUCUUUAAGAUCAACUAUUUUGUAAUGUUAUUUUCCUGUGAAAACGGAAGACUGCUUACCAUUAAUAGCAUAAUUAUGUUACAGAGUUUAGAAUCGGUAAAUUUUAUUCAGUAGUCUGUGCUAUUUCAUAAUCAUUUUUUUCAAUACUGUUUAUUAGAGGAUCUAGUCCGCCGCGCAUAAUUGUUAGUAUAAUUUCAACAUAAUGUCUAAAGAAUGAUUCAGUCACAAACGUUUUGAUGGAAAGAGAUAUUCUAUCAUAUUUUUAGAAUAUAUUAACCCUUAACAUGCUGGACACGACUGAUUCUGACUUUGCGACCAGUGUAGAUCAUGAUCAGCCUGCACAUCCAUGCAGUCUGAUCAUGAUCUGCACUGUUCGCCAUUCAGUCAGUAUCUUUUUGGUAAGCACCCCUUUUGACAGUUAAUGGUACUGUCCAAAUUGAAAGAUGGACAAGUUCAUUAUAGAAAUUCAGCAGGGUAAGGGUUAAAAGAGUUUGUAUUUGUGACCUGUUUUUAGAAUAUGAGAUUAUCCAAUAUGCUAGAUUAAGUUUUAGAUUUUCAAGUGCUCUUCGGCUUUCACCGUGCCUUUCUUUCGAUUUAAUCCCAUACUUUCGCUAGUUUCAAUGAAAACAAAAUACGCAUAGCUUUUUAGUAUCAGCUUACAAGCUUCUUUGAAACUGGCAGAACUGAAACAGUAGUUAAAUUUGCCGUCUUAAAUUAAGAUGUUAGAACAUUUUCAUUUCCAUUUGUAAAACUGAAGUAUGUUGCUUAAUUAUUUAUUUAUUCAACAUAAUAAACUAUAUAAAAUGAAA